UUUGUUUGGUCUAUGCUAAGCUAACUAACUCGUCCCUACCUCCCUCCGUCCUGUCAAACUUUGGACCUCGGUCUCUGCGAUUAAAUGGCCGGCGUUGCCCUGAAGUUGUUCGCUCCCUCACGCUUGGUCAAAUUAAGAAGCUUGGUGAGAUUAGCCACCAUUCCCAGUCUGACGUUCCACACCACAACUUCUCCAACGAUGGGUGCAACGGUGGAGCAGUUUGAGCAGGCCAAGAAUAAAUUGUCGACGCUGAAGAACGACCCGGGCAACGAGGUCAAACUGAAAAUCUACGCUCUCUUCAAACAGGCCACUCAGGGUCCCUGCAUCACCCCCAAACCAGGCAUGCUGGACUUCGUUAACAAGGUCAAAUGGGACGCAUGGAAAUCUCUGGGCUCCAUUUCACAGGAUGAAGCUAGACAGCAGUACUGCGACCUGAUUGGCUCCCUGGUGGCAGCAGAAGGUGGAAGCUCCGCCCAGGUGGCUGCACAGCUUGCUGGGAGCAGGACGACGUAUGAGACACUAUUGGUCACCACAGUGGAUGACAUCACCACCAUUAAACUGAACCGGCCGACCAAGAAAAAUGCCAUCACCACUGAGAUGUACAAUGAAAUUAUUGCAGCUCUGCAGCAGGCAGCUAAAGACGACUCAGUCAUCACUGUUUUUACUGGAACUGGGGAUUUCUACUGCAGUGGGAACGACCUGUCCAACUUCACAAACAUCCCAGCGGGCGGGGUGGAGGCGAUGGCCAAACAGGGUGGAGAGCUGCUCAGGAAGUAUGUGAAGGCGUACAUUGACUUUCCAAAGCCGCUUGUUGCUGUUGUGAAUGGACCGGCGGUAGGAAUCUCAGUCACAGUGAUGGGACUCUUUGACCUGGUCUACGCCACAGAGAGGGCCACCUUCCACACUCCGUUCAGUCAGCUGGGUCAGAGUGCUGAAGGCUGCUCCUCAUACACCUUCCCUAAAAUAAUGGGCAACGCCAAGGCCACUGAGAUGCUGCUGUUCAAUAAGAAGCUGACGGCGGUUCAGGCCUGUGAACUUGGUCUGGUCACUGAGGUUUUCCCCGACAGCAGCUUCCAGUCUGAGGUUUGGACCAGACUGAAGGAAUACGCCAAGCUGCCUCGCAAUUCUCUGGCAUUCUCUAAACAGCUCAUCCGGUCGCUGGAGAAGGAGCAUCUACAUGCGGUGAACGAUGCUGAGGUGGAGCGUCUGGUAGAGCGAUGGACGUCAGACGAGUGUUUCAAUGCAGUCAUGAGUUUCUUCCAGGCCAAGUCCAAACUGUGAGAGGGGAGGUGUGUCAAUGAUAAUUAUAAUUCCUUUUAAAUAAAAAUUUAAAUGGUAGAAGCAGUUUCAGUCCAAGAUAACUAUACCACACAUUCAGUCAGUCUCAAACUAAAGUAAAUUCAUUACUUUAAUGUGUUGUGGACUUUCUACAAGUGAAACUGACUGACCACUUCUUCUCUCACAUUUCAAGAUGUUGAUGUGCAGGAAAUGACCUCAGAUUCAGUCCCUCAGCCUUUUAUCUCUCAGUUCAGUUAGAUCAGAUUUGGAUCCUGUUCCAAUGUCACAAAUCUUCUCUUAAUCCAGACUUCAUAUCUGCCACCCACAGAUCACCACACAUCUCCACUGUGAGUUUUAAUUGAGUUAUUUAGCUGUGUACAAACAUUGAAGGCAAUGUCAGAUUUGAUGGGGGUUGGAAUCAUCAUGGAGCAGCUGUGGGGAACAAACCUGCCUUCAUUCUUUUUCAGUGACUGUGGACUCACAUCAUAGUCUAAUGUCUGUAAUGUUUUUGAUCGCAUGAAGGAUUCAGUUUGUGUUUGAGCUCUGUUGAUAGAUAAAGUGCCUUCAACACUUUGUAAUAUUUUUCAGAGGAUUAAACUCUCAUCUUCUCUUCACUCUGUCUGUUCAAUAAAAACAGUCUUUGUAAUCAUUCA